AUGAAGCUAACACGGAUCUGUUUUCUGGUUAGCAUUGUUGUCCUGCAAUAUGCGAAGCACAGUGAAGGGUGCAAUGAAGGUGGUCAGAAGGAACAUAAACAACCUCAUCGAGGUGGCCCAUGACCCAUGAGAACUACUAAAAGACGUGAGACACCAAUGCCUAGGUCUUACACCAUCAGACAUACAGAGCCUCAAGAAGCAAGAAGACCGAAAUCUACAAGGGAAAUUCCUAGUGGCCGCAUUCAUCCAAAGACUCUACCCCACUGUACUGACAAAACUUCUAAGAUUCUACCCCACUGUACUAAGAAAACAACUAAGUGGACCAAUCCACCUUGUACUAAGAAGACUACUGAAAGGACCAAUCCACCUUGCUCAAAGAAAACUUCUGAAAGGACCAAUCUACCUUGCACAAAUAUGACUCCUAAAAAGAAACUCUGUGAAUGUAGUACCCGUCCACCAGGUUGGAAUCCUGGCGGUCCUAUUCAGACAACAGCUUCAACGACCUCUCAAAAACGUUGUGGUUGCAAUUCAGAACACCCACCUUCGACAACAACCAAGAAACCUUGCGGCUGUGGUCCUAUAAUACCUAUACCCAAAAUUCCGGGUCCUUUUGGACCUCGGCCUGUCAUUCCCAACAGAGGAGGAAACAGUUGUGGCUCCCCCGAAUGUAUUCUAUUACGAUAA